AGUCCAGUCAGGGAGUGGGAUUGUAAGAUGGCGGCGGAGGAGACGAUAGCAGCGUGCAAUAUGGAUUUAUUCCCGAUGGAAACACUUGGCGAGACUGGACUCCGCUCAGGGGAAAGUCUGGGGGCCUUUCAAAGCUGUUUAGAUCCCUGCAUCCUUUCUAUGUUUGGGGACACGUCAGCACUAGAGACUAAAGGGUUAGAUGAAGAGAGUGAGACCACACUGCUGACAGCCCUGACGGAGAUCUUGGACAAUGUGGAUGAUGAGAACCCGUCACCAUUCGACAUGCUGCCUGACUCAGACUUGCUGUCUAAUCAGAAGAGCAGGGAACACUCUCCGCUCAAGAGAAUCCUGUGUUUGUCUCAUUCCCUCCAAGACAAAGAUACACUCUUUACCACCAGAUCAUCAUCAUCUGAAAACAGCUUAUUCAAGAUUCAGACAAACUCUUUCCAGAGGAGCGAUGGCGAGGAAGAGGAGGAUGGCUCCUUCACCCUGAGCCCAGACAGACAUAGCUUGUCUCCUGACAUCGAUCUGUUUGGUUGGGAGGGUCUGGCCCUCCCUCUUCCUAUCACCUUUGAGCAGGAGGAUGAAGAUGGUUUUUCAGUAAACCUUGGAGACUUAGUCAGGCAAAUGCACCCAUACUGUAUCCCCAUAUCUGUAGAGAAUGAGGAAGGGGAGCACCUGUUGCCUGAAGGAGGCAUAGUACUUGAAGUUGUGGAUCAAGGAGAAAAUGGAGAACCCAUCUUGGCCAUCCAAAACAUGGGUCUAGCUGACUCUGGGCCUCUCAAAGAACUGUGUUUGGCAAAUCAGGAGAACGUUUCAGAUGAAGCAGAAGAGGAGCCUUCUGACGGCUCGGAGCAUAUUGUAGUAGAUGAUGAAGAUGACGUGCUGCUUGGAAAAAGUGAAAUUGCUGCUACGGUUACUUCAGUUCUUCCUUCAGAUACGGAAAAGCAAGUCAUCAUUCGGAAACAAAAGAAAAAUAAAACAAGAAGUCCCUCGCAGAGAAAAAAGAAAAAGAAAUGCAAACAAGAGCAGCCGCCUAAAUCUGUGGAGGGAAGGGUUCUGAGGAGUGGUACUAUCACAAAACCAGCACAGGAAAUGCAAAAAAAGCCUGACAGAAAGUCGGUCAAAGAAGAAAAGAAGCAAAAGUUCCCCUGUGUUUCCUCAAAUCCACCUCCAUCUCUUCCAAGCUGUAAAGAAAUACGGCCUUGUGAAACUAAAAUGCAAACAGAAAACACCACUACAGCAUCACUGACUGUAAUAAAUGAGAACGCUGCUCCAUUGUUGUCACCAAAUCUGGACACUGUUCCAUCCAAUACUCCCCUUGAUAAGAUUCAGCCUGAAUGUUCAGCCAGUGCAGAACGUGCCCAGCAGCCCUGUGGUACUCCACAACAGCCCAUCACACCUUGUGUUGAGGCUGAAAGCUCACCAGCAGCUUCCUCUCUUCCCCCCUCCUUGGUUUCUUCUGAAAGCGGCACAGCUGCUCCAAACUCUGAGGUUCCUGAGAUCACACUGCCUGGUGAUGCUGCCCUGCCAGUCCCAGAACCUAAACCCAAGUCGCUCAGUCUUGAGGAGUACAGGCGCCUUCGACAGCAGAAAAAGCCGGUUCCAGUGGAGAAACAAGACAAGAACAGCACCAAGUGGCCCACCCUUCCAGAGCUUCCCAAAGAGCUCACCCCCAUACCGUGCCUGCCUGACCCUAACCCCAAGGACCUCAGACGUCCCAACACUCAGGUAGUGGAGGAGGUCAAGCCCGCUUGGCAGCCGAGGGGCCCAGGAGCUCCACCCACCCCUGAGGCGCUGUUGGUGCCACCAGCCUACAUGAUGUCUUCAUCCAACAAGGUUGCAUCAACUGCUGCCGUUACUAAACCCCAGCAAACACAAGACCUUCCCAAACCCCCUCAGAAGCCCCAAACUCCUUAUUCUGAGAAGAAUUUGGCUACACGUCCACAUGCAACACCUUCAAAUCCUACAGUACCUUGUGUUCCUCAGACUAGUGCAUCUCCAGCUUCUUUAAAACCUGCAAACCACUUUGUGUCUUCAGAAGAUGGAAAACAUUCUAAAGUUUCAGGUAAACAAGAUGGAGCGAACGUCCUCACCAAGUCACAGCCCAUAUCUUUAAAACCUGGAGGUCAAACUCAAUUAUGCCCCGUAACCGCUACAGAUGUGACCAAACAAUCCGCUGCUUCUGGUUCUGCUCCAAGCGCCCCCCAGAACAGCGCCACGAUUUCUCAGAAGUUACCCGAGGUCACUGCUUCUAGCAAAUCCUCCGACUUCACAGCCAGUAGUGUUAAACCUUCUCCUGAUGGUCCUCUGUUCAAUAACCGUAGUCCAAAAACACAACCUGUGGUGCUUGAAACUAAAAAACCAACUAGCCAAAGAACAAAGGAUGCCACGCAGGAGUUGAUUGAGGCGUUUGCCAGUGAAAUAGGUAUUGAGGCUGCUGAUUUGACCAGCUUACUUGAGCAGUUUGAAGAAACCCAAGUGAAAGACAAACGAUGUGUGUCGGAGGUCUCUGGUAGAGCAGCAGCUGUAGGAAACUCGAGAACUGAACCGGUUCCAGAGAAAACUGCCGUAGAGCGUCUAAAAGCUAAUCUUUCAACCGCUGCAGCGCUGACCCCUCCAGCCACACCUCCCCACCAGCUGUGGAAACCGCUGCCUACUGCAGCACUGCUGGCAAAGAGCAAAGCUGCAGAGACCUCCUCCAAGGUCAUUCAGAUCGAAGCCCAGCCUCUACCCUCAGUUUGGUCCCGUAGUAAAGCCACUGCUGCUGCUGCGUCUGUAAGUCCUGAUCUGGCAUGCAUGGAUCAUGACUAUUGCCUCCCCAACAAAGGCUCCACCACUGAAGAGCCAGCCAAACGCUGGAACGUUAGACAGCAAUCGCUUAUCACGAUAAAGCCCAUCCAAGCUUCAACCGCUACGCAAACGCCCCCAGCUGCCAUGGCUCGAAUCCAACCUGCUAAAAGUCCUGUGAUUCCUGUCAAAACGCCAAGUUUUCCACAGACUGAACCCUUGGAGAAGAAAACUGAUGGGGUGGAUGAAUGCUUCGUUCUGGAGACUCCAGAUGCUUCACCAACCCGGCAGGAAUCCGAAUCUUCAUUUAAAGUCAGGAGCCCCAGAAGAGAGCCCUUGAAAAGGUCCUACCGUCGGCAUGCUGCUUCUCGCUCACCCAGUCCCAGAUCCAGUCCCAAAAAGGGAACAAGUGGGCGGUCGAGAAAAAGAUCCCAUCGUUCUCCUAGUCCUACGCCUAGCUGCUCAGACUCCUGUUCAUCUAGGUCUCGGUCCAGAUCGUGUUCCCCAGCAAAGAAAAGGUAUCGAUCCCGUGACUCGGAUAGCAGUUCCAGUUGUUCAUCACGUUCCUCGUCUCCAUCUUCUCCCUCCCCUCCCAGGAGACGGAGAAACUCUUAUUCUUCUUCUCGCUCUGGCUCCUGGAGUCGGUCCAGGUCACGGUCCCCUCAAAGACAACCACAGUGGAACGAAAACGGACGAUUGUACAGCCCUUCAUACAGGCCCAUAUAUCAUCAUAGCACAAAUAGAAGUAUGGAAGAAUCAAAGAUGCGCAAGGAACGAGCCAUUGAGGAGCGUCGGGUUGUUUAUGUUGGUAAAAUUCGGGAAACGAUGACCCACAAAGAACUCCGAGAGCGCUUCUCUUUCUUUGGUGAAAUUGAGGAAUGUACCCUGCACUUCAGAGACCACGGGGACAACUACGGGUUUGUGACUUUUUACGACACCAAACAUGCUUUUACAGCCAUUGAGAAUGGGAGUAAGCUGCGCAAACCCGAUGAGCUGCCAUUCGAUCUCUGUUUUGGUGGAAGGAGACAGUUCUGUCAGUCCAACUAUUCUGACCUGGAUUCGAGUAGAGAGUACGAUUCAUUACCUGCUAAAGGCAAGUUUAAUGCACUAGACUUCGACACUUUACUGAAGCAGGCUCAGCAGAAUUUGAAGAGGUAACAGGAGGCCUGCACCAGGAAGCCGCUGAAAUGCACCUCAGUGGAUGGGUUGCUCAGCAUCCGCAACAGUCUUUAUGUUUUGGUUGUUGCAUUAUUUUGUUUCUACAAGUUUACACCUUCUAUUGAAGUGAAACUUUAUAAUAAAACUGGUAAAAGUAGUAAAAAAAAAAAAAAAGACUACUUAAGAUUUUUGUUUUUUAAAAGUUUAUUUAAAUGUACAACUACAUUAAAUUGUAUGGAGAGAAUAAUUUUAAAAUGGAA